AUGCCAGAAGUUGAAGUAGAGAUCCCAGGUCGACGAAGAAGAGCUGUAGAACCUGGGUUAACUCAAGCUAAUUCGGUCGAUGGUUUGAAUCAAGCAUUUCAAAAUCGUAUGAAGAGAGCAAUCACAGUGAACAACGUUCAAGGGCUUUUACCUUUUAAUGAUAUACCAGCAACAAAUCCACAACCUCUUUCCAGAACAAAGCGAUUUCUUGGUCUUGAUGGUGGAGAUGGCAUGGGAUUGGGAUUAGGAUUAUUAGGCAUUAUCAAUGAUCAAAUGGAUCGUGUUCGAGACCGCGUUAAUGAUAGAAUCGACAGGAGAAGAGAAAGAAUAUUAGACAAUAUUGGUAAUGCAAUACCAGACAUGGGAGGACUGGGUCUCGGUUUAGGACUUGGUGGACUUGGUCUUGGAUGGGGACUUGGUGGAGGAUUAGGUCUUCUUGGAGGCGGUCUAUUAGACAAUUGUAAGUACAAAGUUUGUUUGUUGUUUCCGGCAUUGUGCACUACUAUCCAUCAACAAAAUGACAACCUGAACGUCUUUGGGAUUCAGACAACAGAAAUAGAACUUCAGCAAGUAAACCAAAUUCCACCGGAUGCAGCACCACUGCGACGAAAGCGAGCUCUUGGUUGGGGAAGUCCAUUCGGUUUUAGAAACCGGCGAAUAAGGGGUAUCUUAGGUGGAAUGAAUAUCGGUGAUCCAUUGGCUGGCGCAUGGGGUGGUGGUGGUGAGUUUGGGGGAUGGAAUGGAAACGGGGGAGGUUGGGAUGGUGGUAUCAAUGCUGGGGUCUGGGAUGGCAAUGUUGGAGCAUUGGGUGGCAAUGCUGAUGUAUGGGAUGGAAAUGGGGGAGGUUGGGAUGGUGGUGUCAAUGUUGGGGCCUGGGAUGGCAAUAUUGGAGCAUUGGGCGGCAAUGCUGAUGUAUGGGAUGGAAAUGCCGGAGGAUGGGCACAGAGAAGAGGAUUUUUGGCUGGAGGUGCAGGGGGGAAUAUGGAUGGACAGAGAAACAGGGAUAAUCAGUUGAGAAAUUUAUUGCAAAAUGAUCUUAAUAGGCAACGUGAACAACUGAACAGAAUGAGGGAUCGAAUGAGAAACGUUAUGGAACAACGUCGAGAUCGAAUAUUGGAUGCCAUGGAUAGAGUGAGAGAUAGACAAAACAACCUGAUGGAUAGAAGACGAGAUCAGAUGGAACGGAUGAGAGAGAGAAUGAGAGACCAGAUGGAUGGUGGAAAUAAUUAA